UUUAACGUCAAAACAGUCUGAAACGAGUUGACAGUUAAUUUUGACAGUUCUUUUCGUUUCGGCGAGUGUCUGUAGAGAUCACAAUGGCAAAACCAAAGGGAGAAAGGAAGGGUAAAUCUGCUAUUAACGAAGUAGUUACACGUGAAUACACUGUGAAUUUACAUAAACGGCUUCAUGGAGUUGGUUUUAAGAAACGGGCUCCACGAGCAAUCAAGGAAAUUCGCAAAUUUGCCGAAAAACAAAUGGGUACCCCUGAUGUUCGUGUCGACACUCGUUUAAACAAAUUUCUGUGGUCCAAGGGUGUAAGAAAUGUCCCCUUCCGUGUCCGCGUCAGGCUGUCGCGUAGACGCAAUGAUGAUGAAGACUCUGCACACAAACUGUUCACUCUUGUGACUUACGUGCCAGUCGCCUCAAUCAAGGGCUUGCAGACAGAGAAUGUUGAUGCUAGCCAAGAAUAAAUCUUAAUAUAAGGAUA